AUGGCUGCAUCUUUAUUACCUGGAGGACGAACUGCUCAUUCAAGAUUUAAAAUCCCUCUACAAACGGUAGGUGAAGUCAACUGCUCUAUUAACAAGCAAUCGGCAUUAGAAACUUUAUUGAAAAUGUGUAGGCUAAUAAUUUGGGAUGAGGCACCUAUGGUAAAUCAUUGUGCUAUAGAAUCUGUAGACAAAAUGUUUAGAGACAUCACUGAUUCACUGGUUGAAAAUAUGAGAGCGAAGUCCGAUCACAUUUUUUGUGAAUACUUACUUCGAAUUGGAGAUACAUAUACCGAUCAUUUAUAUACGAUGGUCAAUCGUGUUAUUCUUACGCCUACAAAUGAAUGUGUUGACUACAUUAAUGGACUUUUGUUUGAACAAAUUCCCGAUCAAAGUUUCACGUACUAUAGUUUUGAUGAAACAAUUGAGAAAUUAGAACAAAACUUACAUGAAGACUUCUUGAAUACUUUGACACCAUAUGGUAUUUCACCUCAUGAGUUGGAACUGAAGAUGAAUUGUCCUGUAAUGUUAUUACGAAAUAUUAAUCCUUCAGAGGGGUUAUGCAAUGGAACACAAUUUAUUUGUCGAAAAUUUGAGAGAAAUGUCAUUCUUGAUGAAAUCACAACUGGUGAAUAUCGUGGAAAAUAA